AUGGUCUAUGUUGAAUGUGUCAAGAUUCGCGCCACUGGGCUCUUAUACGCGAACAAACGCUUCUACAAAGAAUUUAUUCACUUUCUGAGAGAAAUGUUCGUCCUCGGUUUCCAUAUCGACCCUUCGGCACCGUCAACCGCCGUCAAGCUCAUUAACUCAGACAACUCUCAGUGGGGCAAUGACUGCACGAUCGACACCCCGCCACACCCCGACUAUGGCAUGCUUGACAGGAUGCCAGUGGACCGCUUUAGAGGGAUACGCAUUCUGAUCGAUGCACCGGAUGUCACCGACCCUGGCCAACUUUUUCGAGUCCGACACAGGGAGUCCCGGGGAUGGCGUCUUCGGGGAGCUUGGAAUCGAAGUGUCCCCAACUACAGCUCGUGGGACGCUGUCACGAAAACAGCUUCAAUCAGGCACGAGGGAUCCAACUCCGACUUGGGGAUCAUACUGAGACCCUUCUCACGCAUUAGAUACGCUGAUGCUGUAACUAUUGAACUUCGGCGCAAUGCACCUCGGGAAAGACCGGUGAACAACCUCAAGGCCAACCUCGUUAAAUCUUGCAGAAAGCGGUCUUUCGGUCUGGAUUUGCGUCCCGAAGCGGAAUGGAACGAUGACGAUACCCUCGCCCUUGAAGAUGCCCUUCACGUGUGGCUCGACUACCUCCUUGACGACAUGGGGGGCCCAACCGCCGCACUUUUACGGCGUGAUCGAUUCAAGUUCUGGUGCUCAGGGUACGAAUAUCAAGGGGGCCGGCACUUCCACGGCUUCGUGCUCGAUGAUCGUGAAAUUGGCAGUGCCGAGGGUUACCUGGACGAAGAGCUUUUCGACCACAUCAAGCAAACCUGCCACGACAGGUUCAUGAGCGCGAGAGAACACACGUCGGCGCCGCCUGGCUUCUGGUUCUCCUCGCACGAACUUAAACGGCUCGGAUGGCUCGCCGAAGUCGGCGAAGAGGACACCUUCUGGGAGACACGCUAUCCGGCUGGAAUCGAGCCCAAAUCCCGGAACCAUUCUUGGAUAGACACCGCGGCACAGCAGCAGCCCAUUGACACAAGAUUUCGUCUCGAACCCCCCGAGCAUGACGUGGACACACCGGCCUGCCAGAUCUUCCCGCCGUACAUUGGCGGAUGCCCCUCGUGCAACCUGGGGGACAGGAAGAAUAAAUUGCUCAUCAUGCUGCAGAACAAUCAUUUACGGAAUAUCCUGUUUCACUUCAACGCGAGACCUGAGGAGGCACGGCUUUUGGGCCCAAUUGUUGAGUGA